GAAGAAGGGGGGUCGAGGAAUCAACCCGACCCAACCCAAACCCCCAAUGGCUUCCCCGCGCUCCCUCGCCCUCUUCCUGCUCUGCAUUCUGGCGCCGGCGCCGCCCGUACCAGCCGCAUUGCUGUUCGGGGGCGGGAAGUCGGCCAAGGCGGCGGGGGGCCUGGACAUGGAGUGGCGGCCGGCCACUGCGACGUGGUACGGCGACGCCGAGGGCGACGGCAGCGACGGCGGCGCGUGCGGGUACGGGACCCUGGUGGACGUGGUGCCGAUGAAGGCGCGGGUGGGGUCGGUGAGCCCCGUGCUGUUCAUGGACGGCGAGGGCUGCGGCGCCUGCUACAAGGUCAAGUGCCUGGACCGCGGCAUCUGCUCGCGCCGGGCCGUGACGGUCAUCGUCACGGACGAGUGCCCCGGCGGCCUCUGCGCGUUCGGCCACACGCACUUCGACCUCAGCGGCGCCGCCUUCAGCAGGAUGGCCGUCGCCGGCGCCGGAGGACGCCUGCGCGACCGCGGCCAGCUGAACGUCGUCUACAGGAGGACUGCCUGCAAGUACGGCGGGAAGAACAUAGCAUUCCGUGUGAACGAGGGCUCGACCAGCUUCUGGCUCUCGCUGCUCGUCGAGUUCGAGGACGGCGAAGGCGACAUUGGAUCCAUGCAGAUAAAGCAGGCCAACUCGGUGGAGUGGCUGGACAUGAAGCACGUGUGGGGGGCCACGUGGUGCCUGGUGCGGGGCCCGCUCGUGGGGCCCUUCUCCGUGAGGCUGACCACGCUGUCCGCCAAGAAGACGCUCACGGCCCGGGACGUCAUCCCCAGGAACUGGGCGCCCAAGGCCACCUACACCUCGCGCCUCAACUUCGAGCCGUCCCUCUAGAAAAGAGGAGCCGCCGCCGGUCGGUGGGAGCGCGGCACCCCGAGGCCCACGUUUUAUCGGCCCCGGAUACUGCCAUGUGGUCCCGCAAAGGCUGGUGGCCCACUUGGCAGGCAGCUAGGCAGGAACCCUGCCUAUUCCUAUUGGAUGGAUCGGCAGACUGUUUUUUCUGUAUUCAGGCAGCUGCUUGGCCUGAUCGUAUUAUAGCUAGCUAGUGUAUGCUGAUGCAUCAGACGUGUGUGGUGCUAGUAGUUUUGGUCGUGACUUGUGAGCAGAAUUCAGGAGCUGGGCCAGGUACCAAGCAGCCGCCGUCUCCAAAGGAGAGAGAGCGUUCGCUGCUUGCUGCUCGGGUUCGGUCUGUGGAGGCCAGGAAUCCGAUGCGGAAGCUGGUCGGACUCGGACCGUGAGGGUUUUGGAUCCCUCGUGGGUCGUUUCGUGGCGUCCUGUACUCCUGUUUGCUCGUGUCGUGUGCGCGCGCGCGCUUGUGCUUGUUCUGGUGUUUCUGUUUUGUGUGUUUCCCUGAUUGAAACGCAGGGUUCGUGACAGUGUCAGAAUCUUAUCUGUCCGCAAUGAGAAAUGUGUGUG